UUCCUGAUUGGUUAGCUCCAUCCAAUGACAAUUGAUUUGACAACAUGAGCCGAAACUUUCAAUAUGGCCGCUUUCUGAAAUAGAAAAUCGCGUUUCUCCAACAGAUUUUCCGUUUUUACUCCGCAAAAUUGUGCGCUAAUUGGGCAAAAGCCAUACAUUUUGAGCAGGACAUAACUGGGAGUCUCUAACCAGACCAAGAAGGAUGGGAGUGCCGAAAUUCUACCGCUGGACUAGCGAGAGGUACCCUUGCCUCAGCGAAGUUGUCAAGGAAAAUCAGAUCCCAGAGUUUGACAACUUGUACUUGGACAUGAACGGAAUCAUCCACCAGUGUUCUCACCCUGACGAUGAUAACCCUCACUUCAGGAUCACUGAGGAGAAGAUCUUUGCUGAUAUUUUCCACUACAUCGAGUUCCUGUUCCGUAUCAUCAAGCCGAGGAAAGUGUUCUUCAUGGCGGUGGACGGUGUCGCUCCUCGUGCCAAGAUGAACCAGCAGAGAGGCAGGAGGUUCAGGUCUGCUCGUGAAGCUGAAGAAAACCAGAAGAAGGCCCUGGAGAAGGGAGAGAUUCUUCCCAAGGAGGAGAGAUUUGACUCCAACUGUAUCACCCCUGGUACUCACUUCAUGGUGCGUCUGAACGAACAGCUGAAAUACUUUGUGAACAAGAAGAUCACCACUGACAGGAUGUGGCAGGGCAUCAGGGUUUAUCUGUCUGGACAUGAGUCUCCAGGUGAAGGUGAACACAAGAUCAUGGAGUUUAUCCGCUACGAGAAGUCUCGGCCGGAGUACAACGCCAACACCCGGCACUGUCUGUACGGCCUAGACGCUGAUCUGAUCAUGUUAGGACUUACCUCUCAUGAACCACAUUUCUCCUUGCUGAGAGAGGAGGUGAAAUUUGGUGGAAAGAAAUCUCAGAAAAGAAUUUCCGUCCCAGAAGAAAUCACCUUCCACCUGUUGCACCUGUCCCUGAUGAGGGAGUACCUGGAUUUUGAGUUCCAGGAGUUGAAGGAUAAGUUGUCGUUUGGCUAUGACCUGGAGAGAAUCAUCGAUGACUGGGUCCUGAUGGGAUUCCUGGUGGGAAAUGACUUCAUCCCACACCUGCCUAACCUCCACAUCCACCACAGCGGGCUGCCUCUACUCUACAGGACAUACAUCAACGUCAUGCCCACUCUCGACGGGUACCUCAAUGAAGCAGGGACUCUGAACCUUCACAGGUUUGGAAAGUUCCUGGAAGCUCUGGCAGCAUUUGACCGAGAACACUUCCGUGAGAUCUUUAGCGACCUGAACUGGCUGGCCGGGAAGACGGGAGCCACGCCCACGAGGGGACGGAAGGGCGGCGGAGCGAGGAAAUCCAGCACGCCGCAGCGAGCAAAUGGGAGGCCGUCGCUCCCGUCUACAGGCGGUAAGCGGAAGAAACGUGUAUCAGGGCUGCGACUCAGUAACCAGUUUGGUGCUCUCGGAGACAACACGGACGACUCCCUACUAGAUGACUCCAUCGUAGAUGAAGAAGAGACAGAGGAAGACCCAGCCAUAUCUGUAGCAAAAGCUCUGGCUGAAGGCAGAAGGGAAGAGCAGGAAGAUGUGGAUGAUUCUUUUGAGGCCGAUUUCUUGCUGCACAGAAUUGCUUACUAUGAGAACAAGUUCAAGUUUGAGAAAGUUACUGAUGAGAUCCUGAGAGACCUAGCCUAUCAGUAUGUCCUGGCUAUACAGUGGAUCCUACACUACUACUACAAUGGAGUCCAGUCGUGGAGUUGGUACUACCCGUUCCACUAUGCCCCUUACCUGACUGACAUUGUGAACAUAGCCAACAUGAAGCUGGUGUUUGACAUGGGGAAGCCCUUCUUGCCAUUUGAACAGUUGUUGGGAGUUUUGCCUGCAGCCAGUAGAAAACAUCUGCCCAGUCCAUACCAUAGCCUGAUGGUUAUGGAGGAGUCCCCCAUCAUUGAGUACUACCCUGUGGACUUUGAGACAGACCUGAAUGGGAAAAUGCAGGAGUGGGAGGCUGUUGUUCUCAUUCCCUUCAUUGAUGAGAAACGACUGCUGGAUGCGAUGAAGCCGUGUAACUCCCGUCUGAACUCAGAAGAGAAGGCGAGGAACGGCCACAAACCGCACAUGUUGUACACCUACGACCCCAACCUCAGCUUCUGCUACCCCUCCUCACUGCCGGGGGUUUUCCCUGAAAUAGAAUGCUGCAAGGCUAAGUGUGAGCUGAUCUUGUUGAGUGGGUUCCAUGUGGAUAAGAAGGACCUGAAGCGCGGUUUGUGUCCCGGAGUGAAACAGCACGAGUUUUACCCAGGGUUCCCUACUCUCAGGCACAUACCUCACAAAGCAAGUUUGAAGAAGAAAGGUGUGAGGGUGUUCCAGAUGGCCAGUAAGAAUGAGAGCCAGUUCUUGGUCAUACAGGAUGACUCAGAACCUGACAUUGAGAAAAUUGCCAAUGAGUACCUAGGAAAGUCUAUCUAUGUAGACUGGCCCCACCUCCAAGAGGCAAGGGUCAUCAAGGUUUCUGAUGACCAAGUGCAAUUCACCCUUGUGGAACAUUCUGGUGGUCUCAGAACCAGCAACAACAGCCGUCAGCGCCGCUCUCAGAUCCAGAAGUCAGAGAUGGCAGAGAAAGAGAGAGCACGGUGGCUGAGAGAAGUCAGUGACCUGACAGAAAAGUACCAUGACAGACGAGGUAUUGAUGUAGGGAUAACGUUUGUCCUGAUCCACGCCUGCCGUAUCAUUGGUCGGAAGUACAUCUGUGGAGUCAACGGGAACGUCACGCUGGAGAAACAGUGGGGGAGCCAGCCGGAGCCUUUCCUACUCCAGACAACUGUAAAGGACAUAGCUGUUCAUGACCCAAGCUACAAGCAGUUCCGCACACUAGAUGAGCUGUUUGCUCCAGGAACCACAUGUUUCAUGUUGGGGAACCCUCACUAUGGCUGUGAAGGGGAGGUGUUUGAAGUAGAGAGUGUGAAGGAGGGACGUGUCCGUGUGCUUUUCUCCAUCCCUCAUGAGCCGGACAUCGAAGAAAUCAGAUCUCGCAGCUCUAAGGACCUGCAGAUCCAGUAUAUCCCCUCGUACAUGAUGGCCCAGCGGCUGGGCAUCACAGGUCUGCUCCUGUCUCGCAUCACUGGGGACUUCCAGAUCCUCAGGGGCUCCAGAGAAAGUGCCAACAGUAGUUCCAAGGUCAACAUCGGACUGAACAUCAAGUUCAGCAAGAGGAGUAAGGAGGUUCCGGGGUACACGCGCAAGACUGAAAAUGGCUGGAUGUACUCUCUCAAGUGCCAAGCUCUCAUCUCUGAAUACCUUCAGAAGUUUCCUCAUUUCUUUGAGUAUGUAGCAAGACACCCCAACGAGGACAAUUACUACGAAGAGGAAAUCUUCAACGAACAAAACAAGAUGGAUGAGUCCACACUCCAAAAAGUGAAAGACUGGCUAAAGACCAUCCCUACCUACGGGAUGGAGACGGUAGACUGCGGGACACUGGCACUGGACGAACCUGUGGUCAAGGCCAUCGAGGAGGCAGUGGUCAAGGCCAGGAACGACAAGAGGAAGAAGAAGAAGGUCAAGAUGGGAGUCAGGCCGUUCCUGCUCUACAGGCCUGUGGAUCACCAAGGCUUCCUGAUCCCUGACCCCGGAGCAGACUACCAGCUGUUUGACCGCGUGGUAAACGUGAGAGACGGACACGGCGUCCCCCUGGGGCUGCGCGGAACGGUCAUCGGCGUCCACUCUGCCACCAAGGACAUCGACAUUCUGUACGACAUCGUCUUUGAUGAACAGUUUCAGGGAGGCCUGUCGCUGAGGGGCUGUUCUGCAGGCUAUGGCUACAGGAUGCCUCCGUCUGGUCUGGUCAACAUCUCCUUCGGCCUGAGGAAGGAGAGUGGUCAGCUCAAGGGAAAACCAACGGCAGUGGUCAAGCCGACGUCCACUCCAUCCCCCCAGCAGAGAACUCCUGAGCAGUACUCCAACAUCCUCCGCAAACCAGCGCAAAACAUUCUCAACCACUCUCCCAACUCUCCCUUCACUCCCAAACAGGCAAGCCCUUAUGCAACAAACAAGGCUUCCCAGUCCACUCCCCCCAGCAGCACCCCUCAGUCCUCGCGAGGAUGGUACAGUCCACAGGCCCCUGGACCGCAGACGUCGCCACAGUUUGUAACUCCCAAGGUCACCCCAGGGUCUGGGGGCAGGACAAGGUCAGACCAAUCAGGAAGUGCAGAGAAGACCCAGGAUGUGGAUGAGUUUGCCAACAUGUGGAAACAGCUUCAGCAGGCUAACUCCCCCCAGCCACCAACAAGUGGCCCAGACACUUCUGCACCGACCUUAGAGCAAGCAGCAAGAUCCCUGCCGAUGCACACUCCAGCCUGGAGCCAAGGCAUGCCAUCAGGACAGCCACUCCCCACCCAGGUGGCUAAACCCUCCCCACACCCUCAGCAACCCCCCCAACUCUACCAGUCCCCCCACCCCAAGCAAAAAAUUCAGAUCCAAACCAGGGACUCACAACAGGGGUUGUCCACAAACAACCAGCCGUCAGAUGACUUCUCCAGGCUGUUGGCAUCGCUGCAGUUGUCGGCAGAAAAGAGUUCUGGAAACCCCCAUGAGAGCCAGACUACUUACGUCAGGGAUGUGAAGUCACCCAACACUAUGAAAAAGGAAGGAACAGAGGCCAUCCGUCAGAUGUUGAACAUUGGUCAGGGGAAGGCAGGUGCAGCUGCUCCAGUCCAGGUUGUGUCUGUCCCCUCCCCCAUCCCCCCUCGACCCAACCUCAUCCCCCACCCCCGCCCCAUACUCAACCCCCCCACCUCCCCACCUGCCUCAGCCCCUGCCCCCUGGUGUCAGACCCCCCCUCCAGCACACCCCACCCCUGGGGACCAGACCUCCCGUCCAGCCCCCACCCUCGGGUGUCCGUCCCCAGGGUCAGGCCCCGCCCACCCUCCAGCUGCUCCAGUGGUGUAUGAAUGUCGGUAUGGGACCUCCCAACUACCAGCAUCGCCCUGAAAAGAACAUGUGGGUGUGCACCGUGAGACUGGGUAGUGGACUGACCCUGCAGGGAGCCCCGUGUGCCACCAAAGAGUAUGCCGCAGAUAGCGCUGCCGCAGUCAC